UGGGAGGCUUGGCCCGCGGGCGCGUGGCAUCGCCAAAAUCCAAUCCUACGGGGAACGGGAGGAUCUAGCGGAUGGCUGCUCUUCGACGACCUAUGCCUCAAUUGGGUCCUCUCGAAAUGGCCCUCACUGGGACUUUCGUUCUUCCAGUUCACUAAAUUUGUGGACUCCUUUAUGCUUUUCUCUUUUCCUGUCAAAAGAAAGAAACAGGAAGACCAUCUAAAACUGGGGUACUCAUCAUAAAGUUCCGUCGACGCGGGCAUUGUGGUAUCACUUGGGUAUGAUUAGUUUUCCGUCUUCAGUUUCAGCAGUCUGCGAUUUCCACGUUGUAAUUCAUCUCUGCUCAGUUCUUGCGUAUUCAGUGUUGGCAGUUUGUGAUUUUCACGUUGUAAGUAAUUCAUCCCUCUUCUGAGUUCUAGGAGUUUUUUGCUUGUUUGGGUCCCUUUUGUGGUUCAACUAAGUUCUGAAGUAGGCAGAUUGAGAGUACCCACUUGAUAAUUUUGAUGGGUACCCUCUUGAGAACUCACAGCAGGCUAGAAUUGUUUGGCACCACCUUUCAUGGUGUCUCUGAGAAACAAGCUAACUGCUCGUACAAGGCCCAGCACCAUCUUCGCAGAUUCGGGACUGGGGGAAAACACCCGAAUUUUCAUAGGGCAAAUGGUGUUUGUAAGGCUAAGACUGCCCUGCUGGACCUUGUUCCAGAUGUCAAGAAGGAGAAUUUGGAGUUUGAGCUUCCCAUGUACGACCCAACUAGGAAGAAUGUGGUGAUGGAUUUGGUGGUUGUGGGUGGUGGUCCGGCGGGUCUUGCUGUGGCUCAGCAGGUGUCACAAUCAGGCCUUUCUGUUUGUUCAGUUGACCCAUCUCCCAGAUUGAUCUGGCCCAACAAUUAUGGCGUGUGGGUUGACGAAUUUGAGGCUAUGGACCUCCUUGACUGCCUCGAUACCAGCUGGGCUGGUGCUGUUGUGUACGUCGACGAUCGGACGACAAAGAAUUUGCAGCGGCCUUACGGUAGGGUUAAUAGAAAGCAGUUAAAAUCCAAGAUGAUGCAGAAAUGUAUACUGAAUGGUGUCCAAUUUCACGAAGCAAAAGUGAUUAAGGUGGUGCAUGAGGAAUCUACAUCUUUGCUUAUUUGUAAUGAUGGCGUCACGAUCCAAACUAGGGUUGUACUUGAUGCCACUGGGUUUUCGAGGUCUCUGGUUCAAUAUGACAAGCCUUACAAUCCUGGAUAUCAAGUGGCGUAUGGAGUUAUGGCGGAGGUUGAAGAACAUCCGUUUGAUGUGAAUAAGAUGGUGUUCAUGGAUUGGAGGGAUUCACAUCUCAAGGGUAAUCCUACCUUAGAAGAGAGGAACGCUAGAAUCCCGACAUUCUUGUACGCGAUGCCAUUCUCUUCUGAUAGGAUUUUCUUGGAAGAAACUUCCCUGGUUGCCAGGCCAGGUGUUGCAAUGGAAGAUAUACAGGAAAGAAUGGAAGCUAGGUUGAAGCACUUGGGUAUUAGAAUAAAAAGCAUAGAAGAGGACGAGAGGUGUGUCAUUCCAAUGGGAGGGCCGUUGCCAGUUCUUCCUCAAAGAGUUGUGGGAAUAGGUGGGACAGCAGGUAUGGUGCACCCAUCAACUGGUUACAUGGUGGCAAAGACACUUGCUGCUGCACCUAUUGUUGCAAAUUCCAUAGUCCAUUAUCUCAAUUCCUUGCAAGGAGCUCCUGUGGAUGAUUUGUCUGCUAGAGUAUGGAAGGAUUUAUGGCCAAUAGAAAAGAGGAGACAAAGAGAGUUCUUUUGCUUCGGUAUGGAUAUCUUGCUGAAGCUUGAUUUACAAGGCACUAGAAGGUUCUUUGAUGCCUUUUUUGAUUUGGAGCCACGAUAUUGGCAUGGCUUCUUAUCUUCCAGGUUGUUUCUCCCUGAGCUUGUGUUUUUCGGCCUCUCUCUUUUUUCACAUGCUUCCAAUAGAUCCAAGCUAGAGAUCAUGGCAAAGGGUACUCUCCCUCUUGUAAACAUGAUAAAUAACUUGUUACAAGAUGACGACUUCAGCAAGUGAGAUUCAUUAGUCCUAUCUUAAGAAUUAAGAUAGCGGUUAUGUAUUUAUCUGAAAUUCCUUCUGCCAGCAGUAUCUUCGGUCGCAAUUGCAUGCCUCGAGGGUGGUGAAAGAGGGCUUCUUCCAUGCCAAACAGUGCAGAUUAACACCUUUCCCUUACCAGUCCUUAACCAGGACUCUGCUUGGUGUCUUGGAAUUUCUAAUUUUGUGGAAUUGUUCAUCCAUCGCGUUCUUUGGUAGAGGUUGCCUUUGGCCUUUUUCAUAUUCAAGCUUUCACCAUCAGUCAGACACAGCAUGCAGGAUUCCUUACUCUUACAAGUUCAUCAGCAACAGUAGCCCAGAGAAACAUUGUUGGGUUGUUCUUCAGAUGAAUAAUUAUUGGUUCUGCAAUGAGGAAGCAUGGGGACUUCUCAUGAAGAGUGCUUUUGGAACCAGAGUAGUGAAUUCUCGCUUUUAAGAAUAAUUUCACUGGGCUAAACAGAUGUUUUGUUUGGGAGCAUUCUUUGAGGACGCCAUUUCAAUCAUCUCUGUGUUUCAUUCUCCUUCAAUUUCAAAUAGGAGUAUAACCCUAUGGCGGUUAUUCAAUUUUGCUAUUUAUGCAGGUGAUAAUUGCAAUUCUGAACUGAGCGGAUGUCUUUUUUUUUUCAACCAGGCAAUAGUUGCUCGUUUCUUGGCCAUUAAGAAUUCAAAAUUCUGGCCGACCUAAAUAAAAAAAUGAUAAUUCAUCUGUAAAAUGACUGGUGUAUGCCACGCACAUUGCAUUUUUAUAUACAGGUGCUGAGGAUAAGCUGGGGUCUUACAUUGUGGUAUGUAAAGCUAUAACCUAAAUCAUUCCAAUUAUCUGAGUUUGUGGUGCUUCAGACACUCUUUGUUUGCAAUCCGAAACCAUGUGCUGGGAGGUCAUGAAUUAGUUGGAUAAUUGCCAGCUUGUCCUUCAGGUGCUGAGAUUUGGUUCAGAUGUCCAACCAACUAUAAGUCCAUAAUGGAGAUAAGAUUCAGUUAGCCAUCAGAACUUCCAUUUCUAUUGUCUACUUACUCCUCGAUUAUGUGGUGUACAUCAAACAUGUAUCUUCUAUCUCCCAGUAUUGCUAAGUUUCCUUAACAUUUACAAUUUGUCUCAAAUACUAUCCUAAGAGAAGGUAAACAGAUCACGUUUGCUAGUAAAGACUGAUGAAGUCUUUUAUUGCUUGUAAAAAAGUUGUAAAGAAAUGAGCAUAGCUUUCCAUUAUACCCAUUAUCCAGGGGAAUGAAUUAUAAAUCCGUUUUAUGUGGCAUGUUCAAUUACAUGUUGCUAUGUUACAGCAGAACUUGCUUUAUCAUGCUCACCUAAGGGUGGAUGUUGUAACUUGUAACCUUAGUUCUGUCACUUUUUUCUUAGAUGGCAUGGUUAUUAAAUGUCUUUACUCAUGAAUGCUUGAAUUUUUUUUCUGCAAAAUUUUAGUGGGUUAAUUUAAAAAAUGUGAUUUAUUUAUUCUCUUAAUUGUGCUGAUACUUUUUUGCAUGCUGUUAAUUGUAGUAAUCAUGCAUGUCUUUAUUCUUUUUUGAUGCUAGUUUCCUGCAACUUGAUGAAGAUGCCUGAAGAGUGUCCUAGGUUUUGCUUUUCUGGUUCAUUGGCAUCUUAGUUUCCUUGACAAAAUUUUAUCUUCUCCUAUAUUCAAAAGACUAUGUAUUAAGUUGAUGAUCUCUUUCAUUCCUUCUCCACCUUGAAGUGGCAAAACUUGGGUACUUCCCUCCUAGUUUGAAAACUUUCUCCAUCCAAUACAUUAAGGCAUACUCCAUCUGUUUUCUAUUUCUUGCAUGAUGUCUUGCAUAUCUUUUUUGGAUCGUUCCAUUUGUUUGAAUCCCUUUUCCCCUUUUCUAGGGAAUCAUUUUCUUAUACUUACUGCAGGGUAUUUUAGACUAAUUUAGUGGUAUCAGCUUCUGAAACUGCACUUCGAUUAACAUGUCUUUGACAUUCUUCUUAUCAGUUUCAUAAUUCAUAUCAUGGUUAUCCAGCUGUAGCUACUGCUCUUCUAUAACCUUGAAAUGUUAGUCCAAAAAAAAAAAAAAGUUUGUGAAGAAUUUUGGACUUGCUUCUCAAGAUAAGAGCGAUUAGUAUAUGACUACAGUGGUAAUUGUUGACAUCCUAGCUCUAGACAAGGAGGAACAAUCAAUUCGAGGUUUCCUCUAAUGCACAGCCUUCUGUGUGACAAAUUGGAGUUGAAACCAGAGUUAAAUAACACAUCCAAUUCAUUUUUGAACUCCAGAUUCUUCUUUUUUGUUCCUUUUUCCAUUUAAGUAUAUCAGGAACAGAAUCUUGCUCUCCAUAAGUGAAUCCAUAAGGAAACAGUUUGACAGCUUUUGUAAGUACUUAUUUUUCUCGUCUCUAGAUUGUGCUUCAGUUGAGUACUGGGACAACAUUCAAGCCUAUUGAAAAAUGGAUGAUUAUGAGGUCAUUGGUCUUUUUUUUUUGCAGUGGUAGCAAUGACCACACGACCAAGUUUUGGUGUCAGAAUAGGCCUGGAGAUCCUUCUCGUGACAAACAUAACAAUGGUUCCGGAGAUCUAGAUGCAGCAGCACCUGGUCAUUUUGCUGGUAAUUUCCCAGUUCCUGAUGCCCCAAC